AUGCGCGCCCCGGCCACGUCGGAGCCCAACGCGUCCUGGUGGGCGCCGGCCAACGCGUCGGGCUGCCCGGGCUGCGGUGCCAACGCCUCGGACGACGGCACGGGCCCGGCGCCGCGGACCGUAGACGCCUGGCUCGUGCCCCUUUUCUUUGCUGCGCUGAUGCUGCUCGGCCUGGCAGGGAACUCGCUUGUCAUCUACGUCAUCUGUCGCCACAAGCAAAUGCGGACGGUGACCAACUUCUAUAUCGCCAACCUGGCGGCCACGGAUGUGACCUUCCUGCUGUGCUGUGUGCCCUUCACGGCUCUGCUCUACCCGCUGCCCGCCUGGGUGCUGGGCGACUUCAUGUGCAAGUUCGUCAACUACAUCCAGCAGGUCUCGGUGCAGGCCACGUGCGCCACGCUGACCGCGAUGAGCGUGGACCGCUGGUACGUGACGGUGUUCCCGCUGCGCGCCCUGCACCGCCGCACGCCCCGCCUGGCGCUGGCCGUCAGCCUCAGCAUCUGGGUGGGCUCGGCGGCCGUGUCCGCGCCGGUGCUCGCCCUGCACCGCCUCUCGCCCGGGCCGCGCACCUACUGCAGCGAGGCCUUCCCCAGCCGCGCGCUGGAGCGCGCCUUCGCGCUCUACAACCUGCUGGCGCUCUACCUCCUGCCGCUGCUCGCCACCUGCGCCUGCUACGGGGCCAUGCUGCGCCACCUGGGCCGGGCCGCCGUGCGCCCCGCGCCCGCCGACGGUGCCCUGCAGGGACGGCGGCUGGCGCAGCGCGCGGGCGCCGUGCGGGCCAAGGUCUCGCGGCUGGUGGCGGCCGUGGUCCUGCUCUUCGCCGCCUGCUGGGGCCCGAUCCAGCUGUUCCUGGUGCUGCAGGCGCUGGGCCCGGCGGGUGCCUGGCACCCCCGCAGCUACGCCGCCUACGCGCUCAAGACUUGGGCGCACUGCAUGUCCUACAGCAGCUCGGCUCUGAACCCGCUGCUCUACGCCUUCCUGGGCUCCCACUUCCGACAGGCCUUCCGCCGCGUCUGUCCCUGCGCGCCUCGACGCCCCCGCCGGCCCCACCGGCCCGGACCCUCAGACCCCGCCGCCCCCCACGCCGAGGUGCACCGCCUGGCCCCUGCCAGGACGCCGAAGCCGGGAGCGGUGGCCGCAGCACGCGGGCUGUGUGUCCCAGGGCAGCACGGUGCCCCUCUCUGA